AUGGAUGACAUCUUUACGCAGUGUCGAGAAGGCAACGCGGUGGCUGUGCGCCUGUGGUUGGACAACACGGAAAACGACCUCAAUCAAGGUGACGACCAUGGCUUCAGCCCUCUGCACUGGGCGUGCCGGGAGGGCCGCUCCAGCGUGGUGGAUAUGCUCAUUAUGCGAGGCGCCCGCAUCAACGUCAUGAACCGCGGGGACGAUACGCCCCUGCACCUGGCUGCCAGUCACGGACAUCGCGACAUUCUGGGCAAGCUGAUUCAGUGCAAAGCAGACACCAAUGCUGCCAAUGAACACGGGAACACGCCACUGCAUUACGCCUGCUUCUGGGGCCAAGACCUGGUAGCAGAGGACCUCGUGAACAACGGGGCUCAGGUGAGCAUUUGUAACAAAUACGGGGAAACUCCUCUGGACAAAGCCAAACCUCACCUGCGAGAACUUCUAAAAGAAAAAGCUGAGAAAAUGGGACAGAAUCUGACCAAAAUCCCCUUCAAGGACACUUUUUGGAAAGGCACAACCAGAACUCGACCCCGCAAUGGUACUUUAAACAAACAUGCAGGCAUCGACUACAAACAGCUCUCUCUCCUGGCUAGAAUAAACGAGAAUCAGUCUGGAGAGUUGUGGCAAGGGCGCUGGCAAGGGAACGAAAUAGUUGUCAAAGUGCUGAAGGUCCGCGACUGGACCACGAGAAAAAGCCGAGACUUCAACGAGGAGUAUCCCAAACUCAGGAUCUUUUCCCAUCCUAAUGUCCUCCCUAUGUUGGGAGCUUGUCAGUCACCGCCAGCCCCACACCCUAUCAUCAUCACACACUGGAUGCCUUACGGCUCCCUUUACAACGUUCUGCAUGAGGGCACCAACUUUGUAGUGGACCAGACGCAAGCGGUGAAGUUCGCUCUGGACAUCGCGUGCGGGAUGGCCUUCUUGCACACGCUGGAGCCAAUGAUCCCGCGACACUAUCUGAACAGCAAGAGUAUCAUGAUCGAUGAAGACAUGACAGCCAGGAUCAGCAUGGCCGACGUCAAGUUUUCCUUUCAGUGUCCUGGCAGGAUGUACUCACCCGCUUGGGUUGCCCCUGAGGCCCUGCAGAAGAAACCAGAGGAGAUCAAUCGGCGGUCGGCCGACAUGUGGAGCUUUGCCGUGUUGCUCUGGGAGCUGGUCACCAGGGAGGUGCCAUUUGCAGACCUCUCCAAUAUGGAAAUAGGCAUGAAGGUUGCCUUGGAAGGCUUGAGGCCCACCAUUCCUCCCGGCAUCUCGCCACACAUCUGCAAGUUAAUGAAGAUCUGCAUGAAUGAGGAUCCAGCCAAGAGGCCCAAGUUUGACAUGAUUGUGCCUAUUCUAGAGAAAAUGCAGGACAAGUAA